AUGGCUUUGGCUGGCUUCUUCCUUGUCCUCGCCUUUUCGGCAGUGCUAUCUCUUCUGAUCCCUAUAGGUCGGCGGUCUAAAAGCCUCCCGCCAGGACCACCAACUCUCCCGUUAGUUGGCAACCUCCACCAGAUCCCAAAAACGGGUGCUCAUUACAAAUUCACCGAAUGGGCGCGCAUGUAUGGCGGUAUUUUCUCACUGAAGUUGGGCCCAGCCACAGCCGUGGUCAUCACGGACCGACGCCUGGUAAAGGAAUUACUUGACAAAAAGGGCAACGUCUAUAGCGCCCGGCCGCAGUCAUAUGUCGCGAACGACCUUAUCACCGGCGGCGACCACCUACUAGUGAUGCAGAACGGCACCAAGUGGCGACUCUUCCGGAAGUUGGUCCAAAAUCACUUUAACGAGGCGCGUUGCCAACAAGAGCAUGUCGAGCUGGUAGAGGCUGAGGCGGUGCAGAUGAUGCACGAUAUUAUGGUGGCGCCCGAAGGCCUGAUGUUGCACCCAAAGCGCUUCAGUAACAGCAUCAUCAUGAGCCUGGUUUUCGGCAUCCGUACCCCGUCGGUGCGGACCAAGCACAUGCUGCAGCUUUAUGACGUGAUGGAGAAAUGGUCGGCCGUGAUGGAAACGGGUGCAACUCCUCCCGUGGACAUCUUCAGCUUCCUGAAGUGGGUACCCGAAUCGAUGUUUGGUAAUUGGAAGAAACGCUCGCUCGACGUCAACGUGAUGAUGGUAGCACUAUACGCGAGCAUGGUCGGAAGAGUGCGUAAGCGCCGUGAAGCAGGGCACCAAAAAGCUUCUCUACUUGACGGCGUUCUCGACGCGAUGGCAGCUCCUGGUAGCGGUAGCGAAGGCCUCAGCCUCAACGAAAACGAGAUCAACUUCCUCGGCGGCGUACUAAUGGAGGGUGGGUCCGACACGAGCGCCUCGAUCCUGCUCGCUUUUCUUCAGGCCAUGAUCAAGUACCCGCAUGUGCAGCAGCGCGCGCAAGCUGAGAUCGACGCCCUUCUCGGCGCCAAUAGUACCGCCAUCGAGCGCUCGCCUCGAUGGGAAGACUAUGCUCAGCUCCCGUAUGUUGCCCAGAUUGUCAAGGAGACGAUGCGUUGGCGUCCCGUCACGCCACUGGGAUUUCCGCACGCGACGAACGCCGAUGACGUCGUAGACGGGUACACGAUCCCCAAAGGCACCACCGUGCUCCUCAAUGUGUGGGGUCUGCACCACGAAAGAGCUGGCGCGGAUGGGGCUCUCUCGCCGUUCGCCUUCGAUCCCGACCGCUUCGCAGGCCGCACCGCGCCCGCCCCCACAUUCGCCGCUUCCAAAGAUUAUGAGGCGCGCGAUCAUUACGGUUACGGUGCCGGCAGGCGGUUGUGUCCUGGUAUUCAUCUCGCCGAGCGGAACCUGUUCGUGGGCAUGGCCAAGCUGCUGUGGGCGUUUACGCUGGAAGAGAAGCCCGGCGCAGUACCUAUCGACGUUGAUCCCAAGACUGGGUAUUCCGAAGGAUUUUUGCAUUGCGCUAAACCGUUUGCGUGCGAGGUGAAGGUUCGGGGGAGGAAUGAGGCGGAGAGGAAGAGGAGAAGGGAGAUUGUGUUAGCUGAGUUUGGAAGAGCGGGUGAGAUAUUUAAGGUGUUCGAAUGA